UGACAAGGGAAGGAUAGUUGCGCAUGCGCAAGUGGCACUGACAGAGGAAACAGCCGGGGAGUAGUCAAACAACCCGCGAGCAGAGAGAAAGAAAGAGAAGAAGAAGAAAAAAAAAUACUGAAGACAAAUAACUCAGGUUCAGCGGAGGCUUUCUCCGCUCAGGACAAUUAUGCUCGUCUCGUCGCCGUCGACUCCUCACAGGUGUCCGCUUCCCGGUUGCUGAAUGGCGCUGGUUACCGUGCAGCGUUCACCGACCCCCAGCACCAGCUCCAGCCCCUGCGUUUCGGAGUCCGGUAGCGGGGAAGAUGACCGCCGCUCUCAACCGAGGAGCAUCAGUGAAAGUUUCCUGACAGUUAAAGGAGCUGCUCUCUUCUUACCUCGAGGAAAUGGCUCUUCCCCUUCGGCUGCUUCUCACUUCUCUCAGCUGCGGAGCAAACAUGCAGGAGACAUCCAGCAGCAUCUACAGACCAUGUUCACUCUGCUCAGACCAGAGGACAACAUCAAGCUGGCGGUUCGUUUGGAAAGCUCCCACGUUCAGGUGACCCGCUACAUGGUGGUGGUCUCCACCAUCGGCCGUCAGGACACAGAGGAAAGCGUGGUGCUGGGCAUGGACUUCAGUCCAGUAGAUGGCUCGUGUUCUGUUGGGAUGGUUUUGCCUUUAUGGAGUGACACCUUAAUACACCUGGAUGGAGAUGGGGGAUUCAGUGUGUCAACCGAUAACAGAGUUCAUGUUUUCAAACCUGUUUCUGUGCAAGCCAUGUGGUCGGCCUUACAGUCGCUCCAUAAAGCUUGCGAAGUGGCUCGCUGUCACAACUAUUUCCCAGGCAGCUUGUUCCUCACCUGGGUCAGCUACUAUCAGAGCCGGGUGUCGUCUGACCAGGCCCGCAUCAACGAGUGGAAUGCCAUGCAGGAUGUGCAGUCACACCGAGCCGACUCACCUGUGCUAUUCUCUGACGUACCUACAGAGCGAGAGAGGACCGAGCGCCAGAUAAAAACCAGCUUGAGGGAAAUCAUGACGCAGAAAGAUCUGGAGAAUGUCACCUGCAAAGAGAUCAGAACAGAGCUGGAAAUGCACAUGACGUGCAACCUGAGAGAGUUUAAGGAGUUCAUCGACAAUGAGAUGAUUAUCAUUCUCGGCCAAAUGGACAGUCCUACAGAGAUCUUUGAUCACGUCUUCUUGGGGUCUGAGUGGAAUGCAUCCAAUUUGGAGGAGCUGCAGAAGAGCGGAGUUCAGUACAUCCUGAAUGUAACGAGGGAGAUUGAUAACUUUUUUCCUGGUCUGUUCGAGUACCACAACAUCCGUGUUUAUGAUGAGGAGGCCACUGACCUGCUGGCCUACUGGAAUGACACCUAUAAGUUCAUAUCUAGAGCAAAGAAAUCUGGGUCCAAGUGCCUGGUGCACUGUAAGAUGGGAAUAAGUCGCUCUGCAGCCACAGUCAUUGCCUAUGCCAUGAAGGAGUACGGCUGGGAUCUGAAAAAGGCCUUCGAUCACGUCAAGGAGCGUCGAACCGUGACCAAACCCAACCCUUCUUUCAUGAGGCAGCUGGAGGAGUAUCACGGUAUUCUGCUGGCCAGCAAGCAGAGGCACAACAAACUGUGGCGUUCUCACUCUGAUAGUGAUUUGUCUGAGCAUCAUGAGCCUCUGUCUAAGUCCCUCGCUCAGCCCCACAGCCUGGGCCGUUCUGACCCCCAUAACCAGGCGAGCAUCACGCCGGGUCACUCUGUGAAAAAUCUGCUGGAAUCACUGGGAACUUUCACAGGAAAAGAAGCACAAGCUGGUGUCCGGUCCAAUCAGCCUGACUCUUCUUCCUAUGGAGGGGGGGCAGAUCUGUCAGGGGAUGCUGAACCUGGAAGCCUUGCUGAUAAAGCCCCCAGCAGGCAGCUCGAUUCAUCUAGAGCUGGUUCUGCGUCUUCACCUCUCCCACUCUCCAAUGGCCUCUGUGACUCGGAGGAGCAGCCCUCGUGCCCUCCUCUCUACCAGCCACGAGCUGCCACCGUGGUGCCUGAGCCUCACAGGACAGAUAUAAAUGUUGCACAAAGCAUUUUGGUGGGUCAGCCUCACCCGCCUCCAUCUGUUCACCACCUUCCCCUCUCCCCCCCUCCAUCCCCAGCAUGCUCGGACGAUGCCGUCAACACACAGGUGUUGUCCUGCUCUGUGAUCAAACCAGAGCCAGUGACGGCGCAGACACGGAGCACGCAACAGUCUCCAGUGCUCGCCAGAAAGACUGACGGUGACCAACAGACACAUGGCUCAUCCCUGGGAGGUGACACAGCUCCCCCUCUAUCCUGUAAUGAUUCUGUCAUCCAUCCCAGCACUGUUCCACAGGACAACGUGCUGUUGUUCGGACACAGCGCAGAUCAUAUAAACUUCUUCAGUGCCAGGGAAAAGUUCAAGGGAAUGAGCGAUGAUGGGAAACCUCAGUCUACUGUAGUACAGCAGGCUUCUCCGCUGAAGGCCUCUGCUAAAGAGCAUCUAUUGCUGACUCACGAAGUCCCAACAAGUGAGGGGAAUGAGGAAGAAAAAAGUAAGGAAAUGCAUUUUCCUGUGCAGGUCACAGAAGUGAAGCCCACUGAGACUUUUAGCCAACCAGAACCUCAGAGCUCCCACGAACAAGAAGUGUCAAAGCCGAAGCAGGAAGUAGAGGAUCCAGAUGUUUGCUCAUCCACAGAGCUGAAAAAUAAAGAGGACGAGGAAGGGGCACCUGCUCGUCUCUACAGCGACUGGACGAGGGGCUCUGUGCGGCGUGUCACGCAGCAGCUCGAGCAAAGGAUGAAACAAAGUCACGAGACGCCGUCACCCUCCUCCUCUCUGCCGUCCCUUUCUGGGGGCACCUCCAGUUCUCAGCGGCGUCCGAACAGCAUCCAUUCAACACCAGCGUCCCUGGCACACGAGACAGCAGCUGUCCAGCAGGUGUCAGUAGAUGGCGGUGAGCAUGGGGGGGCAGACACCAAGUUUGGACAAGUUAAAAUGGGGAAUGCUCAUGAGAAUGAGACGGGACACGAUGAUAAAAGCACAACAGAACCCAAACUCCAGCCUGCUGAUACCAGAGUGCUCUCUACCUCCGCUGCUUUCCAACAUUCUGCCCCGUCACCGUUUGCCUCGGUGAACUUCCUCUGUUUGGAAGGCGUGACUGAACUGGAGUCAGGUGUGGACUGGGACUGCUUCACAGAGGGGUCCCACAGUGACAUCAUCAUGAGGGACACAUGGGAGACUUUGAAUGAGCUGGGAGUCUUCUUGCACCAGGUAGGUGGAAACUGCAGGCCCAGGUGUGUGGGGAGCGCUCCGAAAGGAGGAAGCAGCUUCCAGAAGAAGGUGAGGGAGGUGGAGGCCAGGAUUCGCCAGGCAGGCCUAACCCCUCCAUCUCUGAUGAAGCGCUCAGCCUCACUGGCCAAACUGGGCUGCCUGGAGCUUCUCGCCAAUGAUCUGAAUGAGAGGGAGCUCAGCUGCUCUGCAACAACACCCUCGGCACAAGCUCCAGUCCACACAGUGGGGGAUGAAUCCAAGAAGCAGUGGGUCCACAGGUCUUUCUCCUCAGACAACAAGCAGCCCGAAGCCCUUGAGAUGUCGGCAAAUGAUCUUUCAAAGUCUGCAGAAAGCUCACCAGGCGCCUCAAUACCUUCAAAUCCAAGCACACCGAGAGGAAAGCUGCUGAACACGGGUCAAGACUGUCUGCAUUCAUUUGGGCCGACACUUCUGACAACAAGGCAGCAGUACGGAAGGACUCACCCUCUGAGGCAGCUAAAGAAAAGAACUGUUAGUACCCAGUACCACACCAUGUAACCCUCGCCUCGUGUGUCAGUGUGAGUGAGAAAAUCAAGUGCAUCUGUUGGAUUUGUUCAGCAAAACCAAUGCCUUUUGCCUUAAAGGGUUCCUUUAGUAGUUUUUGUACAUUCUUUCC